AACCCGGAAGUGCAGCUCGCGUAAUGAUCAGUAACUAAUCAGAUCAUGUGAAACGAUCAGCUGAACGAUCAAAACAUUCGUGUCAGGAUGUGUUGACAUGUUUUUUGAGUUUAUAUCAGACCUGCGCUUCGUCUGUGAGGUUAAGAUUAUCAGACUAUCAUCAAUCCACUGCUGUUUACUUUGAGAUAUAAUGUCAGACCCUCACUCCAUUCUGGGGUGUGUGAGGAGAGGUCUGCGGUUACAUGUGUUUAAGGAUGUUGCUCGUCAAUAUCCGGUCAUUUUCUGUAUCUUCACCUUUAUGAUCUCCUCCACCAUCAUCCUCAACCAGUAUCUCCAUAUUCUCAUGAUAUUCUGGUUGUUUCUGGCUGGAGUGAUCACAUUCUACUGCUCCCUCAGUCCUGAAUAUCUGCUGCCAAAUGUUCUCAUCUCAAUAAAGACAGAGAGGAAACCACAGAAACAGCAAGAAUUAUUCCCGCUGGGUCACAGUUGUGCAGUAUGUGGGAAAAACCAGUGCAAACGCCACAGACCUACCCUUCUGCUGGAGAACUAUCAGCCAUGGCUGGACUUAAAAGUGCCGUCCAAAGUGGAUGCCAGUAUUUCAGAGGUUUUGGAGUUAGUUCUAGAGAACUUUGUAUACCCAUGGUACAGAGAUAUUACAGGUGAUGAGGCGUGUGUCGAUGAACUGAGACAAACAAUCCGUUUCUUUGCUGCAGUUCUGGCUCACCGAGCAAAAAGAGUGGAUGUUCCCUUAGUUUUGAUGGACAAAAUGAUGAAGGCCGCUAUGAAGCACAUUGAGAUCAUUGCAAAAGCACAGCAGAAAGUGAAGAAUACAGAGGGUCUCCAGCAGGCAGCACUAGCUGAAUACGGUGCCGAUUUGCAUGUGGCUCUGCGGAGCCGCAAAGAUGAGCUGCUGUACUUGAGGAAGCUCACAGAGCUGCUGUUUCCUUACGUCAUGCCCCCCAAAGCUACAGACUGCAGAUCUUUGGCCCUGCUGAUUCGAGAGGUCAUGACAGGUUCUGUUUUUCUGCCAAUAAUGGACUUCGUGGCUGAUCCUGACACAGUGAAUCACAUGGUGCUCAUUUUCAUUGAUGAUACUCCACCUGAGCCAGUGACUGACCCUCCAUCUGCGCUGGUGCCCUUCCUGGAGAAGUUUGCAGACCCACGCAACACGAAAUCCUCGGUGUUGAAAUUGGAUUUAAAGGAGAUCAGAGAGCAACAGGAUCUGUUGUUUCGUUUUAUGAGUUUCCUGAAGGAGGAAGGAGCGGUACACGUCCUGCAGUUCUGCCUGACUGUGGAGGAGUUUAAUGACCGGAUCCUGUGUCCUGAUCUGAGUGACAUGGAGAUGCAGCGUUUGCAUGAGGAGGUGCUGAAGAUCUAUGAGACGUAUUGUCUGGAGGAGAGCAUCGACAAGAUCAGCUUUGACCCCUUCAUCAUAGAGGAAAUCCACAACAUCGCUCAGGGGCCAUAUACAGGGGUGGUGAAGCUCCAGACGAUGCCAUGUCUGUUUGAGGCCUAUGAACAUGUGCUGUCUCUGCUGGAGAAUGUCUUCACCCCCAUGUUCUGCCACAGCGAUGAGUAUUUUCGACAUCUGCUCUGGGGUGCUGAAUCUCCUGCUAGAAAUUCAAAGCUAAACAGGAAUUUGAGUUUGGAUGAUUUAAGGAACACAUCAAAGCGUGGCGAGUCGUUUGGGAUCAGCCGUAUUGGAAGCAAAAUAAAAGGCGUGUUUAAGAGUAGCACAAUGGAGGGCGCACUGCUACCACAAUACGCCAUGAUUGAAGGAGAAGAAGACACGGUGGAGGAAGCAGUGAUGGUGUUUGAGGACGACUCUCCAGGGCCUGUGGAGGUGGUGGGAACUCCAGGGACAUUGCGUAACCUUGCCGCUUGGACCAUCUCAAUCCCUUAUGUGGAUUUUUUUGAUGACGAGGUUAAGAAAGAGCGCACUCCAGUCUACUGCAUCGACGUGGAGCGCCACGACAGAAAAAAUGUGGGGCAUGAGACCGAGAGCUGGUUUGUUUAUAGAAAAUACCUGGAGUUUUAUGUGCUGGAAUCUAAACUCACAGAAUUUCAUGGCCCAUUCCAGGAUGCUCAACUCCCUUCCAAAAGAAUCAUUGGACCAAAGAAUUACGAAUUCUUGUCCUCCAAACGAGGUGAAUUUGAGGAAUAUUUACAGAAACUGCUGCAUCACCCUGAACUGAGUAACAGUCAGCUGCUGGCAGACUUCCUGUCUCCUCACAGCAUUGAGUCUCAGUUCAAUGACAAAAUGCUUCCAGAUGUCAACCUGGGGAAGAUAUUUAAGUCUGUGCCAGGAAAACUGAUCAAAGAGAAAGGGCAAAACCUGGAGCCAUUUAUCCAGUCAUUCUUCAGUUCCUGUGAAUCCCCCAAACCCAAACCCAGCAGACCUGAGCUCACCAUCCUCAGCCCCACUGCAGAAAAUAAUAAAAAGCUAUUUAAUGAGCUGUACAGAAACAAUGCCAAUCUGCCAGAGGGCCUAGAGAGAAAACACAACCAGAACUACUUCAUGGAGCUGAUGGAGGUUGAUGGAGUAUAUGACUUCAUGAUGUACAUAGGUCGGGUGGUGUUCCACAUGCCUGAUUGGCUGCAUCACUUUCUGAGCGGAGCUCGUAUUCUCUUGAAGAGGACUCUAGAGGUGUAUGUAGGGCAUUAUUUCCAGUUCAAACUAGAGCACAUCAUGCAAGAGCAUCGCCUCGUCUCUCUCAUCACUCUAUUGCGAGAUGCUGUUUUCUGUGAGAGCACAGAGGAACGCUCUCCUGAGGACAAACAGAGACGAGCCAAGCAGACCUUUGAGGAGAUGAUGAACUACCUGCCAGGUCUGGUCGGGAAAUGUUUCGGUGAGGAAGCAAAGUAUGAGGGCGUCAAGAUGCUUUUCAACACCAUUCAGCAGCCACUGCUUAACAAACAGAUGACGUACGUGCUGCUUGACAUCGCUGUCCAGGAGCUGUUCCCAGAGCUCAGUGAGAAUCAGAAGGCAGGUCUCUCCGUCUCCACUAAAUGGAUGUAAAACAUUAUCGGACUUAACAUCAACAUUAUAAAGCGUUUAUUGCACUACUGAAAUACAAUUAUUUAUUGACUUUAAUGGGGUUUGUAUGCCAUGGUUAUUCGUUGAAUCAUUGGAACCCUGCCUUAUUUGACCAGUCUGGUUUAAAUCGUAACAGCAUUAUAACAAAAGGUUUGGAUCAAGUAGAUUGUGACAUAAUAUCAUUAUCAGUAUGAUAACAUUCUUCAGACCUGAUGUAAAUAAACCAUUUUACACUCUUGAUGGUCCCUGAAGAUGCUCAAAAAGACACAAAAUACAGACAAGUACAAAAAAAAAAGAAAAAAAAAAAAAAAAAAAAAAAAAAAAAAAAAAAGAGAACUGAGACAUUUCAUAUGUCACACAGUUAAGAGCCAUGUGCAAAAUAAAAGUACUGAAAACAUGUUUUGUAAAUGUUCUGGCUUUGCACGCAGUAAAUUAAAUCGUAAUAUAUCCAGCUUCUUUGUCCCUGGUUAUGUAUAUCACAAUAAAUGAUUAAAAAAGAAAAUCUAUAUAAAAUAAAUGCUUUAUAAAAAUAUGAAUAGCUACCUUGUGAAAAAGGGAUGGAGAUUUCUUGCCAGAAAAAACACUAUCUAUAAUCACCACAAGUUGUGAUGUUUAAUGAAUCAUAAUCAGGAAACAUGACAAAUUAAAGAUAAAUAACUUCACCCUUUUUAUAAGAAUAUCAGGAAAAGAUGUA